AGAGCGAUUAAGUGUCUUUUGUUCCGUAGAUGCACAAGAGUGUGGUGGCAAAUAAAAAUUAGCAGAGUGUUAAUACCUAUCAAAACAAAAGUUGAAUCAAAGACCAUGAGUUUGCAUAAUCUUAUCAUUGAUACCAAAUAUGGACCGGUGAGGGGAACGACGAAGAAGUCUCUACUGGGACAGGAAUAUCUAAGUUUCCAAGGGAUUCCGUAUGCACGGGCUCCGGUCGGAGAGUUGAGAUUCAGGCCUCCUGUGGCCCCGGAAAAAUGGGCCGAGCCCUUGGACUGCACGGAACAGAGCCUUCCGUGCUACCAUUUCGAUCGUCGCGUCAACCAGAUCGUCGGUAGCGAGAAUAGUCUCAAGAUCAAUGUGUUUACCAAGACGACCAGCCCUUCAAAACCCCUCCCCGUGAUGGUCUACAUUUACGGUGGUGGAUUUACCGAGGGCACGAGCGGAAACGAACUUUACGGGCCCGACUUUCUACUGCAAAAGGACGUCAUCUUGGUCAAUUUCAACUACCGCACGGGAGCGUUAGGAUUCCUGUGUUGUCAAUCCGCAGAUGACGGCGUACCCGGAAAUGCCGGGUUGAAGGAUCAAAAUUUAGCCCUCAAAUGGGUGAAGGAUAACAUUGCCGCCUUCGGAGGUGAUCCGGAAACGGUCACUCUGUUCGGGCAUAGCGCUGGAGCAUGUUCAGUGCAGUAUCACCUAAUUUCGGAAGCUUCCAGAGGAUUGUUCAAGCGAGCGAUCGUUAUGUCCGGAAGCACCUACUGCAGUUGGGGGCUGUCUCCACAGCGUAACUGGGUAGAAAAACUGGCCAAGGCCCUUGGGUGGGAUGGAAAAGGAGCCGAAUCGGAAGCGCUGAGCUUCCUACGUACGGUCACACCGGAAGAUAUUAUCAACAACCAGGAGAAACUGAUGGGACCAGAAGAUAUUAGGGACGGUGUUUUUACGCCAUUCGGUCCGACUAUUGAACCUUAUAUCACUGAAGGCUGUAUGAUACAGAAAGACCCACUGCAAAUGAAUCGUGAAGCAUGGGGAAAUGAGAUCGAUAUAAUGAUCGGGGGUACAUCAGAAGAAGGCUUGCUGAUCAUGCAAAAAAUCAAACUGCACCCGGAAGCCCUGCAGAAUCCCCAUCUGUUCGUGGGAACCGUACCAGCCAGGUUGAAGAUUACAAUGGAACAGCGCAUGGAAUUUGCCGGGAAGUUGAAGCAAAUGUACUAUCCGGACAGCGAGCCUUCAAUAGAUAAUUUUGGUGGAUAUGUUGAUAUGAUGACUGAUCUUGGAUUUUGGCACGGAAUGCACCGAACAAUUUUAGUACGAGCAAACAACGGCUCAUCUGCCCGUACGUUCGUCUACCGUUUCUGUGUCGAUUCGGAGCACUUCAAUCACUACCGCAUAAUGAUGAUCGAUCCAACCUAUCGGGGAACGGCACAUUCCGACGAAAUAUCCUACUUGUUUUCCAACUUCACCGGAAGUGUUCCCGCUGAAGACAGUUUCGAGUAUCGUGCUCUGCAGACGAUGGUCGACGUGUUUACGUCUUUUGCCACCAAUGGAGAUCCAAACUGCGAACGAACAAAGGAGCUGCAGUGGGAAGCGGUCAAGGAAACCAAGCCGACCUUCAAAUGUCUCAACAUCACAAAUGAUGGAAUUGCUUUUAUCGACUUUCCGAAUGCCAAGCGCCUCGAGCUGUUGGAUUCCAUGUUCGUGAAUGAUCCGUUGUAUUGACGUGCGUAUCGGAUAUCCAUAAGAACUCAGAUUCCCAGAAAAAAUAGAAAUCUUCUACACACCAUAAUAAAUCGUUUGAAUGCUACAAAACUAUGUGUAACUCCACAUAUACAAUUUUUAACAGGAUUGUAUAUGAUCCAAUCUACUUAGAGUUAGAUCGAAUAAUAAGAACGGUGAAUUCCGGAUAUUGUCAUC